AAGGCGAGGAGGGACCGUCGAUAUAAGCCACAUUACGACUUUUUCGUACAACAGCAGCAACGGCCGAGCCCUCGGGGAUUGCACACCUGCUGGGUUGUUACCUGGUUGAGCGCUAUGGAGGUCCCAAUUCGGACGACUACAACGACAGCAAUCUCAUGAAGCUCAACAUCUUCCCGGUCAAGAGUUCGCAUGGCGUUGUUGCGUCGUUCUGCUUCGGCACUAUUGAAGGAACAAUGUUGGUGGGGAUGUCCAGGCGGGACGUCGAAAUGCUCAGAGAGGAGCAGCCCAAACACUGCCCAUAUAGCGACCCUGAAGACUCCGGCGAGGACGAUAGGAGCCCUGGUGCCUCCAACACUAACCGGGACAGAGAUGUCAAAGGCAGGUUGAUCGGCAGGAAGCGUUCAGUCGGACAGAUGGCCGAUCCGUGGGGAGUGCCAGCCGCCAGGGUUAAGCGACAGAAGAUGAAUUCCUUAGCGCAGGACGAAGAUCGCGCUAAUCGCAUCUAUUUCCAGUUCGCCUACAACGAUGUCAACGGAUAACCCAAUGUUGACGACCGAAAUGAGCACAUUGGCUAUCACAUCAUCUCCAAAAUUGUCCAGAAACAGGAACGCGACAAGAAGUCGAUGCUUUGCUAUGAGUUUGAUGGACGAUCAUGGGGAUGCUGGGGUUUAAGG